CCUGCUGCUGCUCCGUUAGAUCAGGGGAUUAGGCAGGUUGUGCAUUUGCUGAUAACUCAGCAUUGAGAGAAGGACCAGGCAGAAAUGGCUGCAACUACUGCUCAGUCUGUGGGGAGCCUUCCCAGUGGAUUAGAGAUAUGCACGACAGCCCCAGAUAUAUUUUACCUGCCUGAACUGGUGUUUGGUGGGUUGGUGUGGAUCCUGGUGGCGUCGACCCAUGUGAACCCUCCAAACCCCCUGGCGUGGGUGAUGUUCGUCUCUGUCUUCUGCUUUGUCAUGACUUUCCUCUGGAUGAUCAUCUUCGCUGCCGGAUGUCAUAAGAACAGCUCCGGCUGGGCUGCUGCUGAUUUUGGGUACCAUGGCUUGGCCGUGCUCUUCUACCUGAGUGCAGGGGUGGAUUUGGCUUUUAUCACAUUCUUGUAUCAAGCUGGAGAAUUUAGGAUUUACCAGAUUGAUAUUUCUGCUGUGGUGUUUGCCUUUGCUGCCACACUUCUCUACUUCAUCCAUGCUAUCCUCUCUGCAAUCCGGUGGAAACAUUUCUAAAGAAUAAAGAAUCCUCUGGACAAGUGUGUGUGUGUGUCUGGUGGAAAUACCCACAAGCAACAAUAACUCCAGACUCAACAGUCUUUAUUCUUUCAUCAGCUCAGUAUUUUCUCAUUUGUAAUAUAAUAAAAAAGCUGUAACACACACACAAACACACACGCAUUAUAUGGCUGAGCUCAUGUUUAUGUUCAUGUUUAUUUUGCCAUGUUACACAAUAUUUGGUUAAGCAGAUUAUUGCUUUGUAGACUUACAGCCAAUAAUUUAGAACAGAGUAAAUAAUUGGUUAGGUAAAGUGCUGUAAUUCUAUCAUCCAAAAAGACGCUAUUGAAAUGUAAUCUUUUUUUCUGGCACCAUAUAUGUUUUAAGAGCCAUCGAUCAGAAAAUGAUCAUCAUUGGUCAGCUUGUUUUGCUUGUUAGAAAUAUGGUAAAACAAAGGAAAACAUUAUUGUUGAUAAUGAUAUCUCAAUUAUAACAGUUCUAAAUCUUGUUUUUCUAAGUAUAAUGAAUAUGAUUAUGAUUAUUAUUACUGAAUAUCUAGGUAUGUCAAUAAACUCAAGUGGUGCAAUCGGU